AUGCCCGACUUAAGCUUAAGCCCGAUUGAGGGCCUGGUGCCCUCGAGGUCGGCGUACAGCCUUGUUGGCGGUUGCGUGUACCUCACGGUCACUAUCGUGCAGACCUGGAACCAGUCCGUGGCAGGACCUGGCAGCACUACGCCCGCAAGGAGCGCGAACGGGCCGAGCUCAUGGGCUUCAUCCGCGAGGCGCGCGAGCGGGGCGCCCUGCCGCCGAGCGACGUGCACGGCUUCGAGUGACGCGCGGCGCCUGCGGGGCCGCGGCGCGCGCGCCGCCGCGACGCCCGGCCCAGACCUCCGACGUCCUGGCGUCUGCGGGUCGUGA